UGGAGUGAGGAGGGACUUUCCAGUGUACGACCAGAGAAACAGGUGUGAGCUUCUCCACAGUGACCCUCCCACUGAGAAAAAGAGCAGGAGAGGAGAUGGAUGGAUAGAAGGGCCCAGUGCUGACAGACAGUGACAUGACCUCUGCAUCUGACUGCUGAAACUGAACUGACCCUCCUGAAAAGCUGCUGUUCCAGGGCUGAAUUGACAGGUUGGAUCAGUGCUAGAGAUGACUGACCACCAGCAGGUCUGAGCUCCAGCAGAAGUUGGGGGGGGCGGAGUUCACUCAGACAGCUGGAUACUACCAGAGUCACUAUGGAUAUGUACAAAUGUUUAAGCUUACUUUUCUUCACUCUUCCUCCACAAGUUUGUUUCCAAGUUGGACCUCAUGCCCACGCUGAAGAGAGACUGCUCCGGGAUCUGUUCGCACAUUAUAAUAAGCUCUCUCGGCCUGUGGAGAACUCUUCAGACACAGUGCUGGUGCACUUUGGCCUGUCUAUUGCUCAGCUUAUUGAUGUGGACGAGAAGAACCAGAUGAUGACCACAAAUGUCUGGGUCAAGCAAGAAUGGAAUGAUUACAAACUCCGCUGGGACCCGAAGGAAUACGAGAAUGUCACCUCUAUCCGUAUUCCCUCAGAGAUCAUUUGGCGGCCAGACAUAGUCCUCUACAACAACGCUGAUGGUGACUUUGCAGUAACUCACCUUACAAAAGCACACCUGUUCUAUGAUGGUCGGAUAAAGUGGAUGCCACCAGCCAUUUAUAAAUCUUCUUGCAGUAUAGAUGUUACCUUUUUCCCCUUUGACCAGCAAAGCUGCAAGAUGAAGUUCGGUUCGUGGACCUAUGAUCGUGCCAAGAUUGAUCUGAUCAACAUGGAUAAUAAUGUGGACCAAAUGGACUAUUGGGAGAGUGGGGAGUGGGUUAUUGUCAAUGCAGUGGGCAAGUACAACACCAAGAAGUACGAGUGCUGCACAGAGAUCUACGCAGACAUCACAUACUACUUCAUCAUCCGCAGGCUACCGCUGUUCUACACCAUUAACCUCAUCAUACCGUGUCUGCUUAUUUCCUGUUUGACUGUGCUGGUGUUUUAUUUGCCAUCGCAAUGCGGGGAGAAGAUUACCUUGUGUAUAUCGGUAUUGUUGUCUCUUACGGUGUUCCUCUUGCUCAUCACAGAGAUCAUACCAUCUACGUCACUGGUGAUUCCACUGAUCGGUGAAUACCUCCUGUUCACCAUGGUCUUUGUCACACUCUCCAUCGUAAUAACUGUGUUUGUGUUGAACGUUCACCAUCGCUCGCCACAAACCCACGGCAUGCCUCAGUGGGUGCGGAGAGUGUUCUUGGACUUGGUGCCUCGAGUUCUCUUCAUGAAGCGUCCGCCAGGCACAGCAAAGCAGCACUGCAAGAAGCUAAUCGAGAUGAUGCACCAUCCAACAUCGAUAUCUGCGACGGGCAACUCGCAGGCAUUUUGGGCAGGGUUAGAGACUGGACUGAGACAACUGGGGCAGGUUGAUAACGCGCUCCCAAAGACUCCUGAAAGUCCAAGUAUCCUUGUCUGCUCAGCUUCUCCACCAUCUUCCCCACAUGCAGACCACACUGAAGAAGAUCCCCCACUGAAGGCAAACAUAUUCUGCCAGUCCACAUCCAGUCAGUAUUCAGUUCACUCAGAGAAACAACUCCUACGUGGACUCAAUUCGGCGGCUUUGUCCUCGUCUCUGUUGUCCUUGCCUCCUUCUUUACCACUUGGACCGCUUCACAGCUUGUCCAGGGAAGAACCGAGCACGCUGGCACCAAAUGGCCGUUCUGUCAGCGUGGAGCAAAUGUGCAACCAAGAGAAGGAGCUUUCCAAGGGAGUGGGACAUCAGUGUCGCUCCCGUAGCUUCCAAUACUGUUGUCUACAUGAUGAAGGGCCUGGAGUCAUCAGGAUCACCGCACGGGUGAAGAAGCAGACCCCUAAAGAUCAUCUAGCAGAAACCAUCACAGCAGAGUCCACUAAGAAUUCAACUACACAACAAGACAACAUCGUUCCAGCUAUUUCCCCAGCAAUGCAACGGGCUGUAGAGGGAGUUCAGUACAUCGCUGAUCAUCUCAGGGCGGAGGAUGAAGACUUUUCAGUGAAGGAGGACUGGAAGUAUGUGGCCAUGGUGAUCGACAGGAUAUUCCUCUGGAUGUUCGUACUGGUGUGUAUACUGGGAUCUGUGGGACUCUUUCUCCCUCCUUGGUUGGCUGGAAUGAUCUAGAACCCGAUCAUCAAAGAAAGUCAUUAACACUGAGAGAAGGACAAGCACCGUUUCAUAAUUGUUGUUUUCUUUUUAUCAUUUGUCCUUUUAUUUAUUUCUUUAAGGACCUGAAAGUCACAUUUCUUGCUUUUGCCCCCAGGUUAUCAAAAGGCUACUCGUGAAGACAUGAGAUUAAAUAUCUAUCGUUGAUUCCGCUGGGCGAUAUAAAUUCUUUAUGAGGGCGAAAGGGCAACAGCAAAAAUAUCCUUGCGCACCCAUCCAUUUCGACAUUGAGCUGUAUUGCUGUCACCUUUUGUGAAAACAAUGAAGAGUAGACUGAGCGGUGUAAAAGUGUGCAUGACAAUAGAUUGUAUACACACAAAAGUGGACGCAGUCUUCUAGAUUGCAGGGUGAUUUUAACAGGAAGUCACAAUAUUAGUGAGGUAUCUUGACUUCAGCACAAGUGAAUCACAAGUGCAGUGCGCUCACCAGAUGCUUCUAAAAUGAUUCAUACCAACCUGAUCUGUCAGAACUCGGUGCUGUGGUGGAAGAUUUUCUAGGAUGGAAUUUACUGUGUGUGUGUGUGUGGUUUUCAGAGGUCAAGGACACUUACAGCUUUGUGAUUUUCUAAUCUUCCCAGUGAAAUAAACAUAUUUAUUCAA